AUGGCGUUCAGCUCUGAAAAUGAACUCAAAUUUCUUCGGCUUCUGCAAAGGACACAGCGGUUAACAAAGGAAAACCUGUCGGCAAAUGUCUGGAAAGUUAGUGAUUGCAUUUUUUUUUCUAACUAAAGCAUCAUUGUGUUUUCAGGUUUCUGCAGCAACUAAAAUACUCACCAAUCUUGUUGGUGUACUUCAAAUUGAAAAGUAAGUGUUUAAAAAAUUAUUUCCACAUCUCCUGUACGAACGAAACUUUUCAGCAAAAAUAACCGACUUCUCAGCGAUUACCGACAGCAAGUUCUCCAAUUGUCCUUAUUAGCAGAAGCAGAGAGCAAGGUAAAAUCUGAAAAAUUAAGUGUUUUUUCUAUUUCAUGUUUUUAUAGAAUUCGACGGAGGAAAGUCUCAAGAUCGUCGAGAAGAUUCCUCGUGUUUUUGCCGAUGUUCCAAUCGACUCGGACGCACAUAGUGGUAAGUAAUCAUUAUAUUAUUUCCGUAAGAAAUGAGUGCCUUUCGUCGCAAGUUUGAAAAAACUGCAUCCUUCUUAGCACCAAAGUAUUCAUUUCCAGUGAAAUCCAACGAGAAAGAGUCUUCCUCCGGUCUCCGUGCCGUUCAGCGUUCCAUCUAUCGAUCCGAUCUUCGAAGACAGCUGCUUUCGACGAAAAAGAACAAGGUGGCCAAUACAUCUGGUAGUUAUUAGUGCUCCAAUGCCAUCAUUAAAAGUGGAUUCCUCAGCCGACGAGGCAUUCAUCAAAAACGAACGACUCGAAGAAGACAUCUCCAAUGAGCUUUUCAAGUUGACAAGGGCUCUGAAGACUGUGCAGUUAGGAGCACAAGGAAUAAUUAAAGAUGACCUGCAGACAGUGGACAGGAUGCGAAAGCAAGUGGAAGAUAAUAAAAAUGCCCUCGAGGUCAAUUUUCGUAGCUAUUUUCACUUGUAAUUGUUGUUUUCAGACCGAAAACGCCCGACUGGAGCACCACGCCUACAAGUGUGGAUUCGAUUGUCUGCGUCUCUUCCUUAUUUUCCUGCUUUUCUUCUCAUUCAUUUCAAUGGUUAUUGCCAUGAAAAUCUUUCCGAAACGUUCCACAUACUAGUCAUAAAAAGUUUAAUAUAAUUUAUUGGGGCUUCCUGGUGUAAAUGAAUAAUUUCCUGUCUUCUUCUCGUACAAUUCUUUUCAUGUGGUUUUUUGACCAUUUAAUACCUCUUUUCUUUCCGUUUCUUCUUCUUUACUUUACGUCUGAAUGCCUUUGCAGAAUGAGCACAACCCCAGGAACUCCCCAUGGCGUCACACACGGACUCAUGGAGCAGGGCUGGUAUUGGGCGGAUGCCGAUCGGGCGACCGUCUCCAAAGCCCUUUACGAUCAGCCCGAUGGAUCCUUCAUUGUCAGAAAUGCCAGCACUCCAGGAGAUUACACUCUCUCCGUCAAGUUAGUCGUAUUUUUUACGCGCCAACGUUUUAAGCACAGCUUUCAGGUUCGGCGGUCAAGUGAAACUUCUGCGCAUCGUAAUUAACGAAGGACGAUGCGGCUUCAAUUUGGACUCUCUAGUCCAUGACUCGGUUGUCCAACUUGUCGAAUUUCAUCGCAAUAUCUCUCUAAACAUCUUCAACGACGCUCUUGACGUUCGCCUCAUGUUCCCGGUCUCCGUCCGACGAAACUCGCAGAGUGGAAGGCCACUCAUAAUCAAAAAGGGAACCAUUCAGCAGAGAAUGAUUCUCAGCGCGAAGAAUGAUCACGGUUAGUUGUCUAUUGUCUGUUUACAUAGAGCAACCUUUAUUUUCAGAUUGGCGUGAGCGUCUAGAGCUGGAGAAUCUCAGAGCAGUCCACUUGGCGUUCGAACGAGGAGCCAAGUUGUACGACUCUGCGCAUCAGGAAAUGGAACGAGCCGAAAGUCUGUAUCACGCACUCAAUCAGUCCGUUCGUGACAAUGAAAUCAAAUUGGCUAAACUGAAAGAUCUUCUCGAAGUGGAAACAGAAGUUGUGACAGAAGUCCAGGAGUCCAAAUCGACGAGUGAGAUGUUCAAGAAGGUGUUUGCCAACAACAAAACUGUGAGUUAUCAUUUAAAGUUCAUCCCGUGUAAUCAUACGAUCUCUUUCUAGUUUCUGCAAGAAAGUAUCAGACGAAUUGGAGUGGAACUGACGUCGUCGAUCGAAAAGAAAAAAACGCUUUCCGGAAUUCUAGAUGAAAUUGCCCUAAAGAGGGCCAAUUCAAAAGCGCGUCUCUGCAAACUGAUGGAAUUGCGAAACGCCGUCUACGAUCAGAUGGAUCCCUCGUUGUGCACAAAAAUGGCGACGAUGCUCGAUGCGGGAGCUGAGCUCAUAAACAACGAGAACACCAAAGUUACUCAGCUUCUCGUGGACAUGGAAUUGAAAUGGACACCCGCCCAAUAUCUAAUGUGCGGAACGUCGAAGGAAAACGCCGCGAACGCACUUGUUCACGCCCGUUAUCGCAUUGCUCAACUGGAUAAAGCUAUUGGACUGAAGCGAGAGCCAAUCGACGGAAUUUUCCUUGUCCGCGGAUCUUCCUCUCAUGUAGGCAAACAUUCAUCCUUUCCAGUUUUGAGUUUGAAAAUUUCAGGGUGACAAGCUGGUAUUGAGUGUUUUGCAUGGAGAACGAGUCUCCCACUGUCUCAUCGAACAAAACGAAGAGGGCUGGGGAUUCGAACGCAGCAACGUCUACCUGACAACCAUAAGCGAUUUCAUCCGCUACUACACUCAGUUCAGUCUGGAAACUCACGCCGAUGCCAUCAAAACACCACUUCGAAUGCCUGCUUUCGAUGCAGCCACCAAGGACACCACGAAUCCGCUUCGCAACGGACCGGGCCAACUGUUCACUCCUCUGCCGCUCUCGAAGAAGUACAUGGAAGAGGCGAUGCUGAGAGACGAUCCGACUGCUCCCAUUCCGAAUUACUCGCCAGAACCAAAACCAGACGACUGGAAAUCUUCCUCGCCGGAAAAGCCGGACUCGCUUCCGGUUCGACCGACAUCUCUGCCCGAAACCAUACCUGAAUGA